AUGGCUAAGUACGCAUGGUAUACUAGGAUCACAGAUGCUGCGCAUCGUUUGACUGUUUUAACACUACUUGGUGGUACUUUAUACAUGGGUGGAGGGUUAGUUUACACUUUGUAUCAGAACGGUAAGAAAUAUGAGGAAGAACAACUUCUCUUACAAGAACAACAACAACAGAAACAAGACACCUCUGUUAAUUAG